AUGUCCAGCCUCAGUGAAGUGGACCUGGGCGUCAGGGGAAGGACGCCGCCGCCCCGGGACCCCCACAUGCUCUCCCUCUGCUCCCGGGCGUCCCAGAACCCGUCUCCAGAUGCUCCUCUCGCCGCAGCCGCAGACCACCGCUGCCCUCGCUGCCCAGACGGCCCCGGGAGCUUGGCCACGCUCCCGGCCGGAGCCUCGGCCCCCCAGCCUCCCACCCCCCUCGCCAGCCCCUUGGGCCUCGCCCGCACCGGCUGGCAGCUUGCCCCGGCCCCGAGGCUGAGCUGCCGGGAGGUGCUGGGGGCAGCCCGGGGGCUGGUCCCGGCACGUGGGGCCCUGCUCCGGGCGACUCUGCGGGCCCUGCCCGGCCAGGAGGGGCCCCGGCUCGGCGCCCACACUCACCUCCGGCUCCUCCUGCAGCUGGAGCCCAGACGCGGGAUCCUGCUGGCAGCUGCUGUCCCCGACCCGUGCUCGCCAGCCGGGGGGGUGGAGAGCCGGGAGCCGGGGCCACAGCUGCUUCCGGAGCUGCCCGCUGCGUCCCCGGGAGAGGCCGAGAGCGUGGAGCUGUGUGCUGCCGCCCAGCCGGGCCCACAGGGCAUGGAGCUCCCCCAGGAGGACGCCGGGGACAAGCCCGGCCGGCCGCGCUGCGUCUCCUGCUCCUCCUGCUCCUCGUCCUCCCCGGGGCCCAGCAGGGACGACCUUCCCGGCACAGGUGAGGCGGCCGCGGCCACAGCCACUCUGGGCACCUCGUCCUCCUCCCUGGGCUUCGAGACCGACGGCGGGGACGGCGCAGGGGGCUGCCAGCCUCCGGGAGGCGGCGGGGGCCGCCGGCAGAGCCCCGAGCUCCCGGUCCUCCUUGCCAAGGCCCAGGGCCGCCGGGACCCCCCGAGGGCCGGGCCUGGGGGCGCCCACUACAUCACCACCCACGAGAUCCAGCUGAGUGAGGUGGAGCAGGACACGGACUUCGACGUGGGCCUGGCCUCCCGCUGGGACUUUGAGGACAACAACGUCAUCUACUCGCUGGUGGACUACGCGUCCUUCGGGGGCAGCGACGAGAGCUCGGGGACCCUGACCGAGGAGGACGAGGAGGGCAGCUGCUACGUCAGCACCACGCCCAGCAGCAACCCCGCCCGCUCGCCCAGCGCCCCCAGCAGCGGGCACAGCACUGAGGUGGAGGGCGGCCCCCCGCCCGGGGCCCCCACACCGGCCCCCGGCCAGCCGCGCCAGGCCUGGCCCGAGCCCCCGCGGGCAGCCCCGGGGCCGGGCCCGCGCAGCUGCGGGCACCAGAUCCUCCUAUCAAUCAAGCCGCGCGGGGCUAUAAAUGAGCCUAGCGCCGCGCCCGCCCGGCAGCUCCCCCGAGACGCUGGCCGGCAUGCAGGCGACAUGAGCCUCCGGCUGGCCGCCGAGCGCGGCCCCGGCUGCCCGCACAAGCCGGGCCGCCUGCAGACGGCCAGCGGGGCCCUGCGGGCCUGGGAGCUGGCCGACCGCUCCGGCGGGGCGUCCAGCGGCCUGAGCGAGCUGGACGACGCGGACCAGGAGGUGCGCAGCCUGACCAGCCGGGCCUUCCGCAGCCUGGCCUACCCCUGCUUCGAGGCCCUGCACGUCAGCUCGCGGGAGUCCACGCUGUCGGACGCGGGCUUCGGGCGCUGGUCCACCCUGCUGGACCUCAAGUGUGCGGCGGUGGGGGCCCGGGUGGAGCAGAGCCUGCGGAGGAGCAGCGCGGCCGCGGUGGCCUCCGGCCUGCGGAAGGGCAGCGGGCCCGGGCCGGCGGAGCAGCUGCAGGUCCAGGCCAGGAGGGCGCAGAGCAGGGCGCUGGAGUUCGUGGUCAGCAAGGUGGACGGGGAGAUCAAGCAUGUGGACAGCCCCCGCCGCGCCCAGGCCCAGCCCGGGCCCCGCGAGCGCAGCGACAGCAAGGCCAGCUCGGCGGCCAGCGAGAGCGGCCAGCCCGCGCCCCAGAAGAAGUCCCGGUUCGCGUCCAGCCUGCUCCAGAACGUCAUCUCCAAGACGAUGCAGCGGGAGCACGAGUUCCGGAUGGAGCGCGGGGAGGCCCGCGACCCCGGCGCGCGCGCGCCGCCCCCCGAGGCCCUGCAGAGGCAGAGCUCCCGGCACUCGGAGGCGGGCUCCGAGGGCGCGGCGGGCGGCGCGGCGGAGGCGGCCGACGGCGCGGCCAGCGCCAAGUCCCCCGUGUUCAGGGCCAGCGCCCCCCGGGAGAGCGGCCCGGGCCCCGCGGAGGACAGCGGCGAGGGGGCCCGGGCCGGGGCGGACGCGGCCAGGGGCGCGCUGCCCCGCAGCCAGCACAGCGCCUUCCGGGCCUGGCGGGAGCCGGAGGCCGAGCGCGGCCAGGAGCCGGCCCCCGGGGGGACGCCCAGGCCCCCGGCGGGGCCCGACCCCGGGGAGCCCCCCGCGGCCAAGCCCACCCUCAGGUCGCGCCUCUUCGUGCCCAACAUCCAGCGGACGCCCCGGGACGCGCGGCCGGGCCCGCCGGCCACCUCCACGGCCGUGGUCAGGCCCAAGGCCCCCGAGAUCAAGAUCCGCCUGGGCAGCGUCCAGCAGCCGGCGGGCGCGGACUUCAGCAUCGCGCAGCUGCUGACGCCCAGGCUGGCGGGCGCGGACGGGGCGCCACCCCGGGGGGCUGCGGCCCGGGGCGCCGACGGCCCCGACAAGGUGCCGCAGUUCCGGGUGCGGGACGUGCGGGACAGGGCCCGGGCGCAGGGCCCGCUGCACCCCGUGCGCGACGUCAGGAAGCUGCUGAAGGGGCCCGCGGACGGCGACAAGGCCGGCGGGACCCCCGAGCAGGGCCCCAGCCCCCGGCCGCGCCCCGAGCCGCCGUCGCCCGUGGUGGUCACCUGCCAGGCCCCCGCGGGCCGGCGGGAGGACGCGGAGCGCGGGGCGCGCGCGGGCUCCCCCGAGGGCACCGUGCUGGUGCACCGCGCGUCCGGCCGCCUGCCCGUGGCCACCAUCGCGCCCAACAAGGCCGAGCAGGGCCCCUUCCUGCCCGUGCUGCGCAUCGUGUCCACGGCGCCCGGCGGGGCGCGCGGCGAGGGCCGCGGCGCGCUGCAGCGGCUGACCGCGGCAGUGCGCUCCAUGGACGAGCUCUGCGGCCUCCCCCGGCACGCCUGGAAGCGCCGCAGCGACCCGCUGCCUGCGCUGGCCGGCAGCCACGUGCUGUCCCUCAUCGCCCGCGAGGAGCAGGCGGGGGCCGGCCCGGCCGAGGGCCCGCGGCGCCGGAACUCCAACCCGGGCCCCGACGGCGCGUCCCCGCGGGCCGCCGCCCCCGACGGCCAGGGCCGGGAGCGCCCCCGCUCGCUCUGCCUGCCCCCCGCGCCGCAGGACCCCCCGAGGAGGGGCGCCGUGGCCGGCAAGUUCCCGCAGGGCUCGCCCCCCGACGGCCCGUCCACCCCGCCGGGCGCCGCGCGGCCCCUCAAGGCCUCCCCGGCGGCCAGGGGCCCCCCCGAGGGGCUGCCUGGCCGCCAGGGCGGCGGCGACUGCGAGAGCUGCCUGGUCAUCCCCCCGAAGCGCCGGGACGGCCCUCCGACGUCCUCGGCCACCGCGCUCUGCAGCCUGCCCCCGCUCAGCGCCCGCGCGCAGGGCCCCGCCGCGCCCCGGGCCGCCCCCGCCGACGCGGCCAGCAGGCCGGCCUGGCGCAGCAAGCCCGCCCGGGAGAAGGCGGCCCCCGAGCAGCCCCCCGCGGCCGCCUUCCCAGGCGCGCCCCUCGCCCAGCCCUCGGUGCUGUGCUUCUCCCCGCCCGGCCUGCCCGCCCCCGGCCCCGCCGACCCCUUCCCGCCGCCGCGGGCCCCGCAGACGCAGCGCAAGGUGCUCCUGGACGUGACCACCGGCCAGUACUACCUGGUGGACACCCCGGUGCAGCCGGCCACCCGCAGACUGUUCGACCCCGAGACCGGGCAGUACGUGGACGUGCCCAUGCCCGUGCCCGCCCAGCAGCCGGCCGUGGCGCCCGUGUCCCUCCCCGUGGCGCUGAGCCCGGGGGCCUACGCCCCCACCUACAUGAUCUACCCCGGCUUCCUGCCCACCGUGCUGCCCCCGGCCGCCCUCCAGCAGGCGCCGCGCAGCGCCGGGCCCGGGGAGUCCCCCGGCAAGGAGACCACCUACUUCCUGGGCUCCGGCCAAGCCCCCGCCUCGCCGCCCUCGCCGGCCCCCGCCGCGGCCCAGCUCCUGGGCGCCGGGGGCUUCAGCCCGGUGCAGGCCGAGCCCGUCAUCAGCAUCACCUCGCAGCCGCUGGGGCCACGGAUCGUGGCGCCUCCCUCCUUCGACGGCACCACCAUGAGCUUCGUGGUGGAGCACCGAUGAGCAGGCGCCAGGAACAAGACAGAAAAGUGGACUGUUUGUAAGAACACUGAGAAUUCAUCCGAAAAACGUCCUCUACCUUGUGUUAUUCUUAGUUUUGGCUUUUUAUAAACGGA